AUGCGUGUCCAAUCUCUCGCUCUCUUGGCCGGUGCCACUGCCGCUAUCGCUGCCGAGACAGUCACUCUUUUCCUACCCGGGUUCGACCAGCAACAAAUCGAGGGCAAGGUCAUUGGAACUAGCGGUUCCAUGACCAAAUAUUUUAUCAAAUGUCCUGCCGACGUUGAUUCCGACGACUGCGGCCUUCCCCCCGCUGGCAUGACCGUGAACCAAGGCUCUUCAACCGUCAGCUUGUCAUACGGCAUGGAUAAUAUCACUAUCGCUGAAAGCUGCAAGUAUGAUGCCACAAGCGCCAAGUGCGGCGCAACCUUUGACGAGCAUGGCACGACCUCCACGUGGAACUCAGCCAUCGCUAUCACAGAUAUUCCCGGUGGCGCAUUGAUGCCUGUCACGAUCACCGCAACUGGAACUGAUAGCGGUUCUGCCACCACUGGUGCAUCCGUCUCGGCUUCUACCGCUGCUUCGACUACAUCGGCUUCUACUUCCGAUAGCACCGCUACUGGUACUAGCACUGGCACUGCCGCUGCUGCUGGCACUUCCUCGGAUAGCAGCAGCGCUGCUGCCACCAGUCAUACUGAGUCUGGUAACGCUGCUAUGCCCAUGAUUACUGGAAACGCGCGCUGGGCUGCCGGUGGUGUUGCUGCUGCACUGGCCCUUGUCGCUCUCUGA